AUGACGCCAAAAGAAGCGACAAUAAAUCUUAUUGAGAUUGCUCUUCCCGAACAUGUUAAGUACGAGGGAGAAUUCGAUGCAUCAAGAUACUACAAUGCUUUUUAUACCAAGAUCAGGCGUCUUAACAAGAUCUAUUUUAUGAACUUAUACCCUGAAAGUAUAGACCAGCUCAUGAGAUCAAAUGAUUACAAACUUAUUGAGGUACAAUCUGUUUGGGAACUCUUGAAAGAGUUGGGCGGAGACUCUACAAAGCAAGAUAAAGAUAGGGUAGUGGUUAAAUCGCCCGGGGGUCUCGUGAAUAAUUCGAACGGAGACUUUCCCGAGGGCAAUAGAGCUGAGGCAGGAAUUACUUUAACCAGGGUUGACUGUAAUGGUAGCGGUAGGGGCCCGCCUAUUAGGACUGAGACGUCCUAUAAUUUAAGACCUACCAAAUCUUCAGCCAAUCUUGAACCAGGACCGUCAAAGCUUACAACCUUGAAUACGGCCACGCCCUCUGUCGAAAUACCUAGCUAUAGUAGCGAUACCUCAAUGAUUGUGUGGUGCAAAAAACGCUCGACUCUCGAUUCAGAAGACCAGGACUGUUCAGAAGAGCGUAAGCUCGAGAAGGCUCGUGAGCAUGAACUAGCAAUCAUCCAUGCGAAGGUCCGUCUUGUGGAGGCCGAGAAGGCUCGUGAAUGUGAUCUGGCGGUCAUCAAUGCGAAGAUCCGUCUCGCGGAGGCCCAGACUGAGUUAGCCAGGGUCCGAGGGAUUAUCAAAGGAAAUGAGAAGGGACUCUCUGUGUUGUGA